UUUUAAAGUGGUCUUCAGACGUUCCCGACGUAGACUGAACCAAAGAAGCUCAUCUCCAAGAUGAAUACUCUGUUUGGAUUUGUCAUACUGGCAGGAGUGAUUCAGUCAAUCAGCGGUGAUACUUGUACUGGAUGUGCAGGUACAUACACUUUAGACAAAUCGGCAGCGAGUACCAAAGCCGCCCAGUGCACCGCCUUAAGAAAGUAUGCGGAAUGUCUAAUGGGAUCGAAAGGAACCGGAUGUUCCACGAGUGAUUCCACAAGUAUCAACACACAGUUUAGUGCUACUGGAGACAUUACAAAGGAUGCAGCGACUGCCAACUGUGUACUUGAUAGUAUAUGUACGACCUGCCAAGUGAAUUUUCAAAAGAAAAUACAAGCUCGUUCUGCAUCAACUAGAGACACACAGAAAUGCGUAGAAGACUUUGAGUACGUGAACUGCGUGGAUACAAAACCCUCCUCACAGACUGCAUGUGACGGAACUACAAGCCAGUUCCGGAUGUUCAAUGUCGCUCUGUCUGUGGCCAGGCUAGACUGUGUGUAUGCUGGCACGUCAGCAGUGAAGUCAUCUGUCGUCAUAAUGGCGGCGGCUCUGUUUGUGUCGUACCUCAAGUUUUGAUUUCCACCUAAUGCAAAUUGUGACUACAAAACAAAAUUGAACUCAUUUCAUAUAAAAAUAUAUACACGAACACACUACUAGCACGAUGUUCUAUAGAUAUGACAGAUCUACGUGGUCAGACAGAUAAUAGAUUGUCGUGGUAUUUAAAAGUUUUCAAAAUACAGUUGAGAAAUGUACAGGGCUUAUUUAGUAAAACAACAUAAUUAUGUAAUAACAACAAUAUGUAAUAAUUAGAUUUGGUCUAGUAAAAAAACAAACUUUUGUUGUACAUUCAUCAUAAUAUUAUCAUCACAUAAA